AUGUCUUAUGACCAUGUAGGGCCCAAAAACCAGUACCCUGGAGUGACUGGGCCGCUGAGCCUGUCAGAGCCUAAGGCUCAUGACUUGGAGCUGACUACCAAACUUGUCGAGGCUCUGCAGCCACACAAUGUGUUUGAAAGUGAGGCUGAACUGAAUCAUCGGAUGGAGGUGCUUCACAAAGUCAAUAUUCUAAUGAGAGCAUGGAUUAAAGAUGUUAGCCGACAGAAGAAUAAUAUCCCAGAUAAUUUGAUAGAUACUUUCGGAGGGAAAGUAUUCACAUUUGGUUCCUACCGUAUGGGGGUUCAUACCAAAGGUGCUGAUAUUGACACAUUGUGUGUUGCCCCACGCCAUGUGGAGAGAUCAGAUUUUUUCAAGUCUUUCCUGGAACUGCUGAAAUCACAACCUGAGGUCAAAGAUUUACGUGCUGUUGAAGAAGCUUUUGUUCCAGUGAUCAAAGUUGAGUUUGAUGGAAUUGAGCUUGAUUUGGUGUUUGCACGUCUUGCAUUAGCAACCAUUCCGGAUGACAUCAACCUCAGAGAUGAGUCAUUGCUGAAGAACUUGGAUGAGAAGAGUGUUCGUAGUCUCAAUGGUAUGCGUGUAACUGAUGAAAUCUUACACCUGGUGCCAAACCAGGAAACGUUCCGAAUGACACUCCGUGCCAUUAAAUUAUGGGCAAAAAUGAAAGGAAUCUAUUCAAAUUCCAUGGGUUACCUUGGUGGUGUAUCCUGGGCCAUGCUAGUUGCUAGAGUAUGCCAGUUGUACCCCAAGGCUGCCCCAGCAACAAUUGUACACAGAUUUUUCCUGGUGUUUUCAAAGUGGGAUUGGCCAUCACCAGUCUUACUGAAACCCCUUGAAACAGACAACAAGCUUGGUUAUCCCGUGUGGGACUCUCGGGUUAACCCGUCUGACCGUUUCCAUCUGAUGCCCAUCAUCACUCCAGCCUACCCCCAGCAGAACUCCACAUACAAUGUCACACAGUCCACACGGACCAUCAUCAUGGAGGAGUUCCUGGAAGGUCUGAAUGUUGUGACACACAUUUAUGAAGGAAGAGAAGAGUGGAGUCGAUUGUUUGAGCGGUCAGAUUUUUUCCACAAAUACAAGCAUUAUAUAGUUUUGAAAGCAAUCGCAGAAGAGGAGGACCACUAUCUUGAAUGGAAAGGGUAUGUGGAGUCCAAAAUCCGUCUGCUGGUAGGAAACUUGGAAAGAAACCCAAUCAUCAAAUUAGCACAUAUAAUGCCUUCAUCUUACGGGCCCGUUUGUGAAAGUGAAGGGCAGUACAUGUGCAAGUGGUUCAUAGGGCUGGUUUUUAGUUUAGUCGGAGCAGAACCAGGAUCUAAGGUUGACCUCACGUAUGAUAUUCAGUCAUUCUCAGAUGUUGUACAUAAACAAGCCAUGCAUAUAAACUUGUACAAAGAAGGUAUGAAAGUGGAGAUUCAGUAUGUCAGGAAAAAGUUUUUGUCACACUUUGUUUCGCCCCAAAUCUUAAAUCAGGGUCGAACAAGAAAGAGGGAUAGUGGGAGGCUCUCAUCUGGCAGCACAAGAAGAACCAGCACAGACAACGGGCUCACUGGCUCCGCCUCUUCCACAACAGCAGCUGCCAGUAAAGCAUCCAAUCCGGAUGCAGAACUGAUCAAGACAGUGAUUGCAGUUGAAGAAAGUGAGGCCGCACAACAAUCAGGGAAUGACAAGCCUUCUGCCAACACAGCAAAUGGACCUUCGGGACCAGACUCUGAGAGCAUGCAGUGGAAUGCAUCUGAGUCAUCCAGCGGCUCAGCGGCUGUCAGUAUAGCCAGCAGGGAGGAUGAUUUGGAGGACAAGUCCGAACAUGUAGUGAGCAGUCCUUCGUCACAAGACAGUGGGCAGGACGCUGCCUCCAAAAGACCUGGUUCUCCUUUUCAGAAUGAUACCCCACCCAAAAAGCCAAAAGAUUUGGACCUGCAGGUUCCUGGUUCACCCAUGCAGGUGGAUGAGAAGUCAACAUCGACAUCGUCUUCAUUAACAUCUGUGUCUACAUCAUCACAGCCCACAGUUUCCUCACAAAACCAACAACAGCAGCAGCAGCAGCAACAACAGCCAUCACUUUCUGAUGCAGCAAAAUCUGCCAGCAAGCAUCUGGACCAUCUCGCAAGCACAGAGCUACCUGACCUGACAAGCCCACAGCCGAUUCCUUCAAGUUUUCUCCCUCCUUUGAAGAAUUCAAUUAAGCUCAAGUUGAAGUGA